AUAUUUUAUAAUUCGAGUUCAACCAAAUCAAAACCGUCAAAAAAAAUCCAUAAACCGACCCACAAAAAGGAUACAGUCGUUUCCUUUUCCUUGUCAUUAUUCCUCAAAAACAUUUAAAAACAUUUGAGAAAUUCAAUUUUGAUUCCGGAAAAGGCAUAAUGAUUACAUACAUAAAUCUGUGUACAGUAUGAAAUAAUUGGGUGUUUAUUGAAGCUCUGGAAAUGGUGAUGAUUUCAGUGUGGUUAAUUGUGGGGUUCAUAGUUGGGGCUUUAGCAGUUAUUGCGGUUGAAGGUGUUGUGAUUUUGUAUGUGAUCCGUCGAUUAACUCAAACAAGUAAAUCACCCCAAUUUGGUGUUCAUACUUCUCCUCAGAAUCCUCUUGAUUCUACUCAAUCUGUUUCUUCUCUAUGUCAGAAACAGGGAGUGGUUUGGGUUUUGGAUCCAGAAAAACAUCCUAAACUUCCUCCCAUAGGUGAGCAAACUAGAAAGAGGGAAAUGCUAGAGGUUUCCCCGGUCCGGAAACUUGCAAAAGUUAAAGAACGUAUGCUUAUUCUGGCAGAAGCAGAUGGUUCGCUGACAAAAGUAAUGCUGAAGGGUUGUAAAAUAGUUGCAGUUUCUGCUACAAGCAUGCCUACUAGAAAAUGGGCAAAACGAUUCCCAAUCAAAAUUGAAAGCAAGAAUGCAGCUUUGUACCAAGGAAGCAAGGUGGUCUAUAUUUAUGCAGAAACCUCCUGUGAGAAAGAAUCUUGGUGCAGAGCUCUUCGUCUAGCCUCAUUCGAUGAUAAAGAAAAACCACUCUGGUUUUCUAAGGUAAGUGAAGAUUUCCGAGGCUAUUUGAAGUCACUAAGUGAAGGAUAUCCUUUUCUUAUCAAACCCUCAAUGGGUUGUCAAUGGGGGCCCUUGGAUAAGGUUAACCGGCUUGAUGAUCACCCAUCAAAAGUACGUCAGAUUUGGAGAAAGCUUUCAAGGAGAACUUCUUUGGCUACUCUUGAUGAGAAAAGGGUUGCGGAUACAUCUCAUGUUUUCCAAGAUCCUUCUUCUGUUCCAAUUAUUACAAAGACUGCUAUUCCGGGGAAGAUGCGUAAUGAAUGUGAGGAAGACAGCUUUUCUGUUUCUUCUACUGCAUCUUCUCGUUCGGGGAACUCAACUCAUGGGUCUGAGGUAUCUGACGCAGACACAACUGAGAAGUUUGUUGUUGAUGAGGGUACACUUUGCUGGAAUUUACUGGUAUCUCGGUUGUUUUUCGAUGCCAAGAGCAAUGCAGAUAUCAAAGCUGGUUUAAAGGCUCGGAUUCAGAGAUCACUCUCAAACAUGAGACUGCCCACUUAUAUUGGUGAAGUGACCUGCAUUGAUGUGGAUACGGGUAAUUUACCCCCUUAUAUCCACGGGAUGAGGGCUGUUCCUACAGACAUGAAUGAUGUUUUGGCCAUGGAAAUGGAUAUAGAGUAUUCUGGUGGAAUGGUUUUGUAUGUUGAAGCCAGACUUGAAGUGCCUGAACUAGAUUCUCAAAAUGGCUUGGUAGAUCCAAAUCCUGAAGCAAGCUCUGUUGGGGAGGCAACAACUAAUCUUUUGGAGGAUUUUAAGAACUUGCGAGACGAUUUCAAGCUUUUUGAUGGAAAUUAUGAUUCUUCAGAACGGAAGGAUGCAGAAGAUCUUAAACAUGAAACACUGAGGAAUUCCAGGACAGGUGCAUCCACUUCAGGUUCUGGUUCUGGUUCAAGGUGGAAGUCUAUUUUUAAUUCUGUUGCCAAACACGUGUCUCAGGUACCUCUUACUUUGGAUAUAAGGGUGGCCACAUUGAAAGGGACAAUUCAGUUGCAUAUGAAGCCACCGCCUUCUGAUCAGCUCUGGUUCGGCUUCACCUGCAUGCCUGAUAUACAAUUCCAUUUGGAGUCCUCUGUCAAGGAUCACAAAGUCACCAAUGGACGUGUAGCUUCAUUUCUGAUAAAUAGGUUUAAGGCAUCUAUUCGGGAGACACUAGUGCUUCCAAAUUGUGAAAGUGUUUGUAUUCCAUGGAUGUUGGCAGAGAAAGAUGAUUGGGUCCCGUGUAAUUCUGCUCCAUUGAUGUGGCUGAAUAGGGAAGCGUCAUCUGAUACUUCUUCAAAUGAAGUGCCAAGAGACAAAAGAACGGAGGAUAGGGAUCUAGAGAGCAAGCAAGGGAAGCAGAAGAAGGUUGAUUCUGUAAAGCAACCUAUAAAUGAAGAAAAUGAUCAAGCUGUCCUCUCUACAGCCGUUCGUAGAAGUUCUUCUGAAAGCAGUGUCCCUUCUCAGGAUUUGAAAACGCCAUUGCUGCAGAAUGAAGAAUCUAGAGAUUUGGUUCUGCAUAGGAAACAAGAGAAUCCUGAAUGUCAAUCACCUUCUAGGUAUGUAAGCUUGAGAGAAGAAAGGAACAAUCUUGAAGAUGAUGAUACAAAGUCUAAGAAGCCAGUGGGAAGAAAAGCUAGGAUGUUCGACUUGGGGAAAAAAAUGGGUGAGAAACUUGAAGAGAAGAGGCGCCAUAUCGAAGAAAAGAGUAGGAAUAUUGUUGAAAAGAUGCGAGGGCCUUGAAGUUGCCUGAAUAUUAUGGCCAAUUCUUGCAUUCUUUCUUCUACUCAAUAGUCAAUACUCAUUUUGUUCUACAUUUGCACUUUAUUUUUAUUUUUUCGGGUUUUGCAAAGAAAAUUCCGGAGAAGGUGGUGUGACAGCAGUGAUUUCCAGUCUGUGAUAAGUGUUUAGAGUUUUCACUGUGGUGUACAAAUCUGUGAAUGAGUAACAAUUGGAGAACAGGAACUGGUAUCGGAAACUAAUUUUUUUUAAGUGUAUAGGAACGAAAAAUCAAGUGUCUACACUACAGAUUCUAGACCCGCUUAUGGGAUUGUUACUCCAUAUAUACUAGUACCGUUUUAAGGAUCA